AUGGACAGAAAAAUCAAUCUCAUGGAGUCAGAAAUUACUGAUUUACGCUCCAGAUCAAUGCGGGAUAACAUCCUUAUACACAAUUUUGCAUACAUCCAGGGUGAAAACCUAAAUAAACGUGUCCCUGAAGUUCUAUUGGAAACUCUUGAUUUGGAGGUCGACUUUGUACGUAUCCACAGAAACGCAGCUGAUCACCGCAUCCUGGUUUAUAGGUUUAUGGAAACCAGUGGAAAACUAUGUGAGGGAUACUGGGAUGAUGGUGAGCACGGUGCAGGACGCCGCCUACUUCAAUAUAUGCAGACAAACGAAAUACUCAAUGCCGGUGCUGUGAUAACGCGUUGGAGCGGUCCAAUUCGCCUUGAACAAGAGCGUUUCGAGAUUAUGGAGGAUCAUCUGUGUGACUUGGCAAAGAGCAAGAGCCACGAACCAUCAAAAAUGGCCCUGUCUCAAAAAGUAACGGGGUUUUGUCAAUUGAUAGUGUAG